AUGCUCUCAACUUCGCUCGAAGGAACGCCCUCCACAUCGCCGGCGCCGACUCUUUUCCCCUCCGAUCGACCGUCGGACCCCAUCACGCUCUGCAUCUCCGCUGACGCCAGCGACGCACACCAAGCUAUUUCAACAGAAAUGCUAAUUGAUGCCUCCGCUGGAGUUGGGCCUUUGCCCCGAGAUAACGACCAUACUGAAUCCCUGGCCACUGCCAUGGGAAAGGAAGCGGAACAAGCCCACAACUCCCCGUCACCGAUGAGGCCGACACCUCAGGUCUCCUAUGCGUCGGCGGUGGUGGGUUGGAAACCUAACAUGUCCAUCUCAGUCAUCUCAGUGGACUCCGGUAGGCGAAAAUGA